CUGCCAUCCAACAAGGGAAGAGGGAGGGAGAGAGAGAGAGAGAGAGGGAAGCACGCUCUCCUCUCUGUUGUCUAUCUGGACGCUCCCUUUUCUAGGGUCUUCUUUUUGGUUUCCCCCAUCUGCCGUCCGCCUCUCCUCUCUCCAGCUCAUCGUCUUCUUCCGGCGUCUUCUUCUUUGUUGAAGGAGAGGAGGCUUUUGGAGAUGACGAUCUGAAGGCCCGUUGUUUGCUGCUCGUUUAUUGUUUUUUCUUCGUCGUUUCCACUUCACUUCGUAGAUCGUUGUUGCCUCAUUACGGAUCGAUCUCGGAAAAGGAAGCGGGAGGAUAACUGCGCAGGAAGUAAUAGAGCUGCAAUAGUGAUCAUCUGAGUUGUGAUUAUAUGCUUUCACUCAGGGCGUGAUUUCUGAUAGACAAACAAUGGUUGUUGCUGCCGCUGCUGCCAUUUUUGCUGCCGCCUCGGCCUUGUUUUCGCCUGAUCCUCGCCGUGCAAAGCCCAAGGCAGGGCUUGCAGGUGGUCCCGACAAUCUUGAUACACGUGGGAUCAAAUCAAAGUCUAGUAGUUCCGGAAUACAAGUCAAGACAAAUGCUCAUGCUGCUCCAAAGAUAAAUGGCAGCAAGGUGCUGCUGACAACGCCUGACAACGGAAAGGCAAUUGGGUUGCAUGACGUGGACACCGAUGAAGUCCCCUCAUAUUCAUCUUCCUCUCCGCAAGCAAGGACCAUUAUCAAUCAGUUACCUGACUGGAGUAUGCUGCUUGCUGCAAUCACAGCAAUAUUUUUGGCUGCAGAGAAGCAGUGGGUCAAUUUUGAUUGGAAGCCAAGAAGGCCGGAUAUGUUGAUGGAUGCUUUUGGACUGGGAAGAAUUGUUCAUGAUGGUUUUGUUUUUAGGCAGAACUUUCCAAUUAGGUCUUAUGAAAUUGGAGCAGACCGGACUGCAUCUAUAGAAACGUUAAUGAAUCAUUUGCAGGAAACGGCUCUUAACCAUGUGAAAUGUGCUGGACUCUUGGGGGAUGGAUUUGGUUCAACGCCUGAGAUGUGUAGGAGGGAUUUGAUAUGGGUUGUGACACGGAUGCAGAUUCAUGUUGAUCGAUACCCUUCUUGGGGUGAUAUUGUUGAAGUGGACACCUGGGUUGGUCCAUCGGGAAAAAAUGGCAUGCGGCGUGAUUGGCUUGUGCGUGACACUCGUACUGGUGAAACAGUGACGAAAGCUACUAGUGUUUGGGUGAUGAUGAACAAGAAAACAAGGAGACUCUCAAAAAUUCCAGAUGAAGUGAGGGGAGAAAUAGGGCCAUAUUUUGUACAGGAUGGACCCAUCAUUGAUGAGGAUGGCAGGAAAUUACCCAAACUUGAUGACAGCACUGCAGGUCAUAUCCGAACUGGCCUAAUGCCUCGUUGGUACGAUCUGGAUGUCAAUCAGCAUGUUAACAACGUCAAAUACAUAGGCUGGAUACUCGAGAGUGCUCCGAUAUCAAUUCUGGAAAGCCACGAGCUGGCGGGGAUAACCCUCGAGUACAGGCGCGAAUGUGGGCGUGACAGUGUCCUGCAAUCACUGACCAAUGUGUCGUGCGAGGAAGGCGGCACUGCUGGCAUGGAGUGCACCCACCUUCUUCGACUUGAAGAUGGGGCUGAGAUCGUUCGUGGCCGGACUGAGUGGAGAGCCAAGCCCAAGGCAGGCCCGUGAAGGGUUGGUCAUCCAUCUUUCGUUCUCACGUCCUUCCUUGGCCAAGACCUCCACCGCCACCUACGCGCUUCACUCGUGUUGCUCAUUCGCUUGCACUGCUCUGUAGAAUCUAAAAAUCUGUCCUCCGUUGCGUAUAUAUAUAUAUAUAUAUAUAUAGAUAUAUAUAUAUUUCUAUAGUUUCCUUUUUUUUUCUUCUUAAUUGUUGAAAAUCCGUGUAAUUAUUAGGCACUGUUUUUUAUUUUUAUUUUAUUUUUUUAAUUAUUGUUGUUGCUGAAGGAUUUAGAGGGGAAAGGAGAGAAGUUUAUAUAUACAUGUUAUCUGGUCGUAAGAUGGGGUUUGGAUGUUGACUGGGGAGGAGGUUCCUUCUUCAUUUGUAACUUCUUAAAUGAUACUGUAGUUCCUUCAUAUCUCGCUAUUGGGAUGCCCUGGGCAAAAGGGAGGAGUAGGAGAAAAAUGAAAGGUCUUGUUUUUCUUCGAAAUUGUGUGAAAGACUAGUUUGAAUUUUGAAUUGUAAAAGCCAUCUGGUUCGUUGCUA